AUGGCUGAGGAUUUCAAGAAGCACCUGGUAACUGAGAUUCUUUCAGAACAGCGUACAAUAUCAUACAGAAAUGUCUCACGAUCCCUCAAAGUCCACGUAAAUGCAGCCAAGUGCAUGCUCUAUGAAUUCUACCAGGCUCAGCAGGACAAGAAGCCUGGCUCUUUAUACGCUACUUAUCUGAUAUCUGGGCUAAAGAAGACCCAGAAGCCUGCCCCUGGGAAGAAUGGCACAACAAAUGGCCACAAGGAUGAUUACGACGAAGAUGAACCGAUUCCUUCAAGCCCUCCACCGUUCACCAGUUCCAUGCUUGAGCCUAGUCAGCAAAGCAGCCAGCCUGCUGAAGAUUCUAGACCCCAGAUUCCGGUGCGAACCGUGACACUGGUGAGAGAAGAAGGACUGGCCGCAGCGAAAGAACAGUACGAGACUAUCACAUCAAUACACAUCUACAGCCUGUCACCAGGGCGGAUAGAGGAUCUCGUCACAUUAACUGACAUCGGUCGUGGCCUGUUCACCGACUCUUUUAUGAAGGAAGACCCCCUAGUCCAGAACAAGAUCUUUGGAGUGAUGCAGAACCCCAGCGUUCGAAGACGGAAGGGCAAGCGUCCUGUUGAACCCGCCAGACCGGCCCCGAAAUUUCAACCUGUGAAGGAUGAGCCAAAGAAGUCAAAUUCAUUUUUCCCUUCAAAGGCAAAGACACAGCAAUCUGCGGCAGCGACAGAGCCAAAAAAAGAGAAGGGGGAUAAUACCCCCUCUCGGCCGAGUUCACGAGACAGCGCUUCCACGACCGGGAGUGCCAAACAACCCACCCUCAAGCGUGACUCUUCUGAUCUAUUCAAAGCCUUUGCCAAGCAGUCACAGCAGAAGCCUAAGUCUGCACUUUCAGGGGAUCAGGGGCUAGACCAGGACACCAAGAUGACAGAUGUGGCUGCAGACGAGGACGAGGGAGAGUCGGAGGACGACGCUCUUUUCCUCGACACCGGGACAAACAGAGCAGGAACAAAGAAACGACCCAGCGAGGUCAAGAAAGAGCGCGACGACCGCGCAGCAAAAUUGCGUAGGAUGAUGGAUAGUGACGACGAAAGUGACGGUGCUGCGUCCCAAGCUAGCGGGGUCAAAGACAAUGCGCUGGUGACAGCAACACCAAAAGCGGCAGACGCAGAUGCACCAACCGAAGACAAAGACGAAGUGGCAUGGUCGGAUUCCGACACGGAGCAGAACGCCACGAAACCCUCCAACCCUCCUGCCGCUAGUGAACCAACCGGACCCCGACGCCGCCGCGGCAAACGCAGGACCAUGAAGAAGCGGACUACAAAGGACGAAGACGGCUACUUGGUCACCAAAGAAGAAGCAGUUUGGGAGAGUUUCAGCGAAGACGAGCCCGAGCCCCCGCCCUCCAAACUCGCCCCAGCAAAACCCGCCUUCGGCAAGUCUCAACCGACUCAGAGUCAAGCCAAGGGAGGUGGCAAGCCCGCCGCGAAGAAAGCGGGCGGGAAUAUCAUGAGCUUUUUCGGGAAGAAACCGUCGUAG